UGGAAAUCGGAGUUACUAGUUAAGAAUUAAAAAUUGGAAAAUGUAAAUAUAAAAAUGUUAAAAAAUAGAUAUAAUAUACAACCCACAGCCCUCACAAAUUGUACAGUUUUCCAAGGCCCAAGUUCCCACGAGAUGCGUUUGAAUGAAAAAACGAAAAUACUGGGUCGUAAAGUCAUCCUGGUUCCCUACGAAGCCCGCCAUGUGCCCAAAUACCACGACUGGAUGAGCUGCGAGACCCUCCGCCAACUGACCGCCUCCGAGGAGCUGUCUUUGGACGAGGAGUACGAGAUGCAGAGGAGUUGGCGCGAGGACAGCGACAAACUCACAUUCAUUAUCCUUGAUGCCGCCAUCUACGCCCAGAGUCAGGACGAAAUUGCCGCCAUGGUGGGCGACACAAAUCUCUUCCUGCAUCCAGAUCCAGAGAGCGAUCAACAAGUGGCCGAGGCGGAAAUCAUGAUUGCCGAGCCAGGUGCCAGGGGCAAGGGUUAUGGUCGUGAGGCCAUGCUCCUGAUGCUCAAGUACGCCCAGUCCCAGGAUCUGCUCAAGCUGGCCAAGUUCGAGGUCAAAAUUGACAUGGACAACAGUGCCUCAGUUCAUCUCUUUGAGACUUUCCGAUUUGUGGAAACGUGUCGAGUGGAGGUCUUCCACGAGAUCACCUUGCAGCGCCCGAUAACGCCGGACUGGAUUAGCUGGCUGGACCAGCAGGUGGAGCUACGCAUAGGAAGCUAUUAGGGAAUGGGGAUAUAUAAUUUGUUUCCAUUAGAAUGUGUUUUGUUAUUCGAUUUUGAGAUUUUUUAAAUUAAUAAAAUGGGCCAACGACUUUUUAAAAAGGAUUCCUUCAUUGGAAACCCUGCAAGGGUAUAAAAACUACACUCAAAAAACGCAUGCACUCGUUCGUUUAUGCUCUGUUUAUUACACUUA